GGCGUUACAGUUUUCCUAAAACGAGAGGGAUUAAGAGAGUUUUCUCGGAUAUCUAUUUUUAUAUUCGAGUUUCUGAGAAAAUCUUUGAUUUGUGGUGGUUUCAACAAUCUUUUCUCAGCAAAAAAAAAAAAUUAUCGAGAAAAGUCUUCUAAUUUUCUCUGUGGAUUAAAACCAUGUCGGAUGGACACUACUAUAGUUCUAAGAAGACGGACGAUAUCUGCGAAGAUGUUUGUGGUCAGGACGGUUCACGAGCAGCCAAGGCCUUAUCAAGAGUCAGAUGCUUACUACGAGGACUCGAUUUCAAAACCUACAUCCUCUUCUUCACCCUCGUCCCCUUACUCAUCUUCGGAGCCUACCUCCACGGCCAGAAGCUCACCUACUUCUUGAGACCCCUCUGGCAAUCACCUCCCAAACCCUUCCAAACCAUCCCCCACUACCACCACGUCAACGUCUCCAUGCAAACCCUCUGCGCCCUCCACGGCUGGAGCCACCGCGACUCUCCUCGACGCGUCUUCGACGCCGUGCUCUUCAGCAACGAGGUCGACAUGCUCACCAUCCGCUGGAAAGAGCUCCACCCUUACGUGACCCAGUUCGUAAUUCUCGAAUCCAACUCCACCUUCACCGGUUUGCCUAAACCGCUGGUUUUCGCCGCGAACCGGGAAAAUUUCGGUUUCGUCGAGCCGAGGCUGACGUACGGGAGCAUCGGAGGGAGGUUCAGGAGAGGAGAGAACCCUUUUGUCGAAGAAGCUUACCAGAGGAUCGCGUUGGAUCAGCUGAUAAGACUCGCGGGGAUUCAAGAAGACGAUCUUUUGAUAAUGUCUGACGUGGACGAGAUCCCUAGCUCACAUACCAUCAACCUCCUUAGAUGGUGCGAUGGUUACCCGCCGGUUCUUCAUCUUCAGUUAAAAAACUACUUGUACUCGUUUGAGUAUUACGUGGACAGCAAGAGCUGGAGAGGUUCUGUUCAUCGGUACAUCCCCGGGAAGACGCGGUACGCUCAUUUCCGACAAGGGGACGUUCUUUUGGCGGACUCUGGUUGGCACUGCAGUUUCUGUUUCAGACGCAUUAGCGAGUUUGUGUUCAAGAUGAAAGCGUAUAGUCACAAUGACCGUGUUAGGUUCUCUCAUUAUUUAAAUCCGAAAAGGAUUCAAGAUGUGAUAUGUAGAGGGACUGAUCUGUUUGAUAUGAUUCCUGAGGAGUAUACGUUUAGGGAAAUUAUUGGGAAGCUGGGUCCGAUCCCGAGGUCUUACUCGGCUGUUCAUCUACCAAGUUAUCUGAUUGAAAAAGCUGAGAGUUAUAAGUACUUGUUACCUGGGAACUGCGUAAGGGAAAGUGGGUGAUAAGGGUUUGCGCUUAUCAGGCUUUUUAGUUUAUUAGGUGAUGUGGAGGGAAAUGGUACAGUUUAUUGAAGAGAGGGAUCUGAUAUGGAGUCUUUGUCUGCGUAUUAAAACUGACUCAUGUUCCCAUGUUGUUUUUGGGGAAGUUUUGCUGGGAUAGUCUCUCCUCUCUCUUUCUCUUUACUCCAAAACUCUGUUUCACUCUCUCUUUACUUGUUAGUCUGUACAAUUCACUAGUGAUUUCUUUACAUUAUCCUCAUAUUCU